AUGAGGCACCAAGAGCUCCUCACCAGGGAGAGGCUGUUCUCCUGCCCAGAGUGCGGCAAGAACUUUAACCACUCCUCCAGCCUGCUGGCCCACCAGUCAGUCUACUCCGGGGAGAAGCCCUUCAGCUGCCCCGAGUGCGGGAAGACCUUCAGCAAUUUCUCCGGCCUGCUGGCGCACCAGUGGGUCCACACAGGAGAGAGGCCAUUCACCUGCUCCGUGUGUCGGAAGGGAUACAGUCAGCUGGGCAAUCUGCAGAGGCACCAGUGGGUCCACACAGUCCACACUGGAGAAAGGCCAUUCACCCGCUCUGUGUGCGGGAAGGGAUUCAGUCAGGUGGGCAACCUGCGGACACACCAGCGGGUCCACACCUGGGAGAGACCAUUCGUAUGCUGUCAGUGUAGGAAGGGAUUCAUCGAUUCUUCAACUCUGAAGACCCAUCAGCAGGUCCUCACCGGAGAAAGACCAUUUACCUGCUCCGUGUGUGGGAAAAGAUUCAGUCAGGUGGGCAGCCUGCCGACGCACCAGAUGGUCCACACCGAGGUAAGGCCAUUCACCUGCCCAAGUGCAGAAAGGAAUUCAUCGAUGGUUGUGGCCUGCUGA